GGGCGCAGGGUGUUCCAAAUAAGGCAGCUGAGAGGGCUUCAAGGCUGGGGGCUGCUCUGUGAGGCUUUAACCCUAUAGGCCCCCAAACCAAAAUGUCCCCAGAACAAAGCUGUCUUGUUGGGUUGUUUGUCUGGGCUGGGGGGAGCAUGCUCCGGGGGCCCCCUGGCUGUGGAGGGGCUGUUCUCAGCCCCAGACGGAGAGAGGGCCUUGGCUGAGGCAAGGAUUGGCGCCCUGGCCUCUCGUUGCCCGGUGACAGCGAAGACGGUGUGGCGGGAGGCUGUGUUGGCAGGAGGCUUCGACCAGCCCACCUCAUCCGCUGCCCAGCGUGAGGCCAGGCCCUCCUGGGACCCUUGACCCUGUGGGACUUCUGAGAGCCGGUGUGCUAGGGCGGAGGUGCCAUGAUUCCCGGAGUGGUCUGGUCUCUGCCCUUCCUGCAUCCACAUCUGCCCCAGAUGGGAGUCUGCCCCACUCCCAUUCAAGGGAUCUGAGGUCCGAGGGUCUCCUGGGCCCCCUGGCCUGCCUCUCUCCACAAUCAGUAGAGCUGUCAGUCUGUCUGACUGACUGAAUAGGGUCAUCUGGGUCCCUCCCACAUCUGCUCUUUGGCUCCCCCCCCUUACCAGUUGCCUGUACCUUUCCCUCUUGCUCCCUCAUUCAGUGUGCCUAGCUCUUUCCAUCUUCGCUGUUUCCUCUCCCACUGCCUCUUUCUGUUUGUCUCCUUUGCAUUCCCACAGUCUCCCUUCAUCUCACAUCCUGUCUGUCUGGGUCUUCCUCUCUCAGUGUCUCUUGCUCAGUCUCUGUCUCUUGAUCUGGACCAUUCCCUGACCCUUGGUCUCUAAUAAUCACUGUCUUUUGAUCUCUGGGUUUCUCAGACUGGGGAGUGAGAGGAAUGGAGGUGAUGUUGGCAGAACUAGGGAAAGACCUUGUGGAGCAUUACAGCUGAUUGUGAUGCUCCCUUUCUCCCUGUCUCCCUUUAUCUGGGUCUCUCAGGCAUUCCUCCUGCUCCCACACUGUGUCUCUGCUUUGAUUUAGUGUGUGUGUCUCUCUUGGUGUCCGGGCUCACUCUCACCACUGUUUCUCCAUUUUUCUGUCCUUGGUCUUAUUCAGUGUUUGUUUUUCUUUCAUAAUAUCUAUCUUGGGACUUGCCAGUCUCAGUUUCUCUCUCCCUCUCUCUCUCUCUCUCUCUCUCUUCCUGUGGGACAUCCAGGCCUUAUCUGCCAUGCAGCCUGUUAGCGUCUGGCAGUGGAGCUCAUGGGGGCUGCUGCUGUGCCUGCUGUGCAGCUCGUGCCUGGGGUCUCCGUCCCCAUCUACGGACCCCGAGAAGAAGGACGGAAGCGAGGGGCUGCGGUUCCGACUGGCCGGCUUCCCCAGGAAGCCCUACGAGGGCCGUGUGGAAAUACAGCGUGCUGGUGAAUGGGGCACCAUCUGCGAUGACGACUUCACACUGCAGGCUGCCCACGUCCUCUGCCGGGAGCUGGGUUUCACGGAAGCCACAGGCUGGACCCACAGUGCCAAAUAUGGUCCUGGAACAGGCCGCAUCUGGCUGGACAACCUGAGCUGCAGAGGGACCGAGCAGAGUGUGACGGAGUGUGCCUCCCGGGGCUGGGGGAACAGUGACUGUACCCACGACGAGGACGCCGGUGUCAUCUGCAAGGACCAGCACCUCCCUGGCUUCUCAGACUCCAAUGUCAUCGAGGUGGAGCAUCACCAGCAGGUGGAGGAGGUGCGGCUGCGACCAGUGGUGGGUCGGGGCCGGCCCCUGCCCGUGACCGAGGGGCUGGUGGAAGUGCGGCUUCCCGAGGGCUGGUCGCAGGUGUGCGACAAAGGCUGGAGCGCCCACAACAGCCACGUGGUCUGCGGGAUGCUGGGCUUCCCGGAGGAGAAGCGGGUCAACACGGCCUUCUACAGACUGCUGGCCCAGCGGCAGCAACACUCCUUUGGUCUGCACGGGGUGACGUGCAUGGGCACGGAGGCUCACCUCUCCCUCUGCUCCCUGGAGUUCUAUCGUGCCAAUGACACCACCCGGUGCCCUGGGGGGGGCCCUGCAGUGGUGAGCUGUGUGCCGGGCCCUCUCUACACGGUGUCCAGUGGCCAGAAGAAGCAGCAGCAGUCGAAGCCUCAGGGGGAGGCCCGUGUGCGUCUAAAGGCUGGGGCCCACCCUGGAGAGGGCCGCGUGGAAGUCCUGAAGGCUGGCACAUGGGGCACAGUCUGUGACCGCAAGUGGGACCUCCAGGCAGCCAGCGUGGUGUGUCGGGAGCUGGGCUUCGGGAGCGCUCGAGAGGCUCUGAGCGGUGCCCGCAUGGGGCAGGGCAUGGGCGCCAUCCACCUGAGCGAAGUCCGAUGCUCGGGGCAGGAAGCCUCCCUGUGGAAGUGCCCCCACAAGAACAUCACAGCCGAGGACUGCUCCCACAGCCGGGACGCAGGGGUCCGAUGCAACCUGCCGCACACGGGGGCGGAUGCCAAGAUCCGCCUCAGCGGGGGCCGCAGCCGAUACGAGGGGCGAGUCGAGGUGCAAAUCGGGGGCUCUGGGCCCCUUCGCUGGGGCCUCAUCUGUGGGGAUGACUGGGGGACGCUGGAGGCCAUGGUGGCCUGUCGGCAACUUGGCCUGGGCUAUGCCAACCAUGGCCUGCAGGAGACCUGGUACUGGGACUCGGGGAAUGUGACUGAGGUGGUCAUGAGUGGCGUGCGCUGCAAAGGGACUGAGCUGUCCCUGGACCAGUGUGCCCACCACGGCACCCCCAUCACCUGCAAGAGGACAGAGACCCGCUUCACCGCUGGAGUCAUCUGUUCUGAGACCGCAUCCGAUCUGCUGCUGCACUCGGCCCUGGUGCAGGAGACGGCCUACAUCGAGGACCGGCCCCUGCACAUGCUGUACUGUGCCGCGGAAGAGAACUGCCUGGCCCGCUCAGCUCGCUCAGCCAACUGGCCUUAUGGCCACCGGCGUCUCCUCCGCUUCUCCUCCCAGAUCCACAACCUGGGGAGAGCUGACUUCAGGCCCAAGGCUGGACGCCACUCCUGGGUGUGGCAUGAGUGUCAUGGGCACUACCACAGCAUGGACAUCUUCACUCACUACGAUAUCUUGACCCCCAAUGGCACCAAGGUGGCUGAAGGCCACAAAGCUAGUUUCUGUCUAGAAGACACUGAGUGUCAGGAGGAUGUGUCCAAGAGGUACGAGUGCGCCAACUUUGGGGAGCAGGGCAUCACCGUGGGGUGCUGGGAUCUCUACCGGCAUGACAUUGACUGCCAGUGGAUUGACAUCACAGAUGUGAAGCCAGGAAACUACAUUCUACAGGUGCUCAUCAACCCAAAUUUUGAAGUAGCAGAGAGUGACUUCACCAACAACGCCAUGAAAUGUAACUGCAAAUACGAUGGUCAUCGCAUCUGGGUGCACAACUGCCACAUUGGUGAUGCCUUCAGUGAAGAGGCCAACAGAAGAUUUGAGCGCUACCCCGGCCAGAACAACAACCAGAUCAUCUAAGGUGCCCCCACCUUCCUCUGCAAACCACCACUGGCCCCGCCUGGUGGGGGUCUGAGGCUGCCAUUACCUCAGGAGCUUACCAAGGAACUCCUGCCAUCAGCAGGCCCACUGCACUCAUCCAGCCGGGCCCCAUGGCUGUGGAACUGUCAGGAAGCCAUCGCCUUCCUCCCUAGGCCAGCUGUCAGAGCCCGCGGCCAAGCACGGGGAAUUGUGCACCCAGGCCUGGCACUGAGCAGAGCCCAUCACCCAGAGCAGCACCGAACUAGCUGCCCACGAUGACUGACAGCAGCGGCUGGUUUCCUUGACUCAGGGGGUCAGGAUGGUCAGCUCCAGUAUCUCCCCUCAGUUCAGGGGGGCUACAGCCUUACCUCUAGCCUUUCGGUGGGAAAAGAUCCAGCCCCCCCCCCUCAUUUUUGACUAUAACAUGUUGCUAGGUAUAAUUUUA